AUGGCUAAUAUAGAGACGUUGAAAUGUGUGGUUGUAGGGGACGGAGCGGUUGGAAAGACUUGCCUACUGAUGUGCUACGCAACAGGGCAGUUCCCAACAGUCUACGUACCUACAGUCUUCGACAACUAUGCAGUAAGCAUAAUGGUGGGCGGUACACCGUACAACCUGGGACUGUUCGACACCGCUGGCCAGGAGGAUUAUGACCGUUUGCGGCCGUUGGCGUACCCGAUGACGUCAGUGUUCCUGGUGUGUUACUCGGUGGUUAACCCGGCAUCCUUUGCGAACGUGCGGGAGAAGUGGAUCCCAGAGUUACGUCACUACGAGCCGUACACGCCCAUCGUGUUGGUGGGAACUCAGACUGACCUGCGCGACGACCAGCGGACUUUGGAGGAACUGCAGCAGACCGGCCAGCGGCCCGUCACCGCCGCCCAGGGGCAGAAGCUGGCCAAGGAGACUGGCGCGGUGGCGUACGCGGAGUGCUCGGCACUCACACAGAAGGGCGUCAAGAACGUGUUCGACGAGGCCAUCAUGGCGACGCUAUUUGCCGAGACCAAGAGAAAGAGGAGGAUCAGGCGUCACAGGAGAUGCACCAUUUUCUAGAGUGUAGAUUAAGAAAUUUCUGCUGUGAGGACAAUUUUCUAGCCUCUACCAGGCUUCGGGAAGC